UUUCAUCAAAUCGCACAGUUGAUAGAUCAGAUAAUGUUACACAAAAAUUAAAAUUUGCGAGAUUAAAAACUGCAAAAUGAUACCAUCAGGCGAUUGAUGUGAUUGAUAAUUAAUUAUAGACAGAUAAGGUGUGGUAAUGAGACAUAUGAGCAAACAAACAACGUAAAUUGGCAUAUUGAGCAAAUGUUUACCUGUCGAUCGAAAGAUUGUCAUAAAUACUGAAAGCACGGAAUAUUAAUAAGCACUAUAACAUUUAUUGCGGCUUCUCAUUUGUAUUAUAUUUUUUUGUCGUGCUCUCAUAUCGACGAACAUUUACAGGUUAAGUUCCCCAUGACGCAUAGUGACUUUAGUGACGCAAACUUCGGAAUUUCGGAUAACGUUUGAUUGUCCGGUGAAGUAUUGUCUUCUGCGCGAUUACACACAUACAUAAGGAUCGAAUAUUAUGAUUUUUAUCUCAUUAUAUCUCAAGGGACAGCAACAAUCAAAUGCAAGCGUAAUCUCACGAGAAAUAACGAAGCAAAUGUGAUAUAUCAAUAAUAGAUACACACAUUUUUUUGUGUGUAGAGUAAGAAUAUAAAUCCAACUGAUAAGGCAUUUAAAUCGAUUUCCCGAAUAUAAUUUGACUUACUGAUGAAGGAGAUCGAAGAAUCUCAAACUCAGAAGGAAAAUAUGACUCUGGAAAUGAAAGAGGAUAUUCCAUAUAAGAGUGAGAAUGAGGAUGCUAACAAAAAACGCCAGAGCAUAGACUUUCCUAUGGCAGAUGUAAAAUAUGAUAGUUUUGAGGAGAUACUAAAUCAUGUGGCCAACAGCAAAGCAAUUUUCAAGAGUCAGCAGAAGGAAGAACCUGAGUUAACGUAUGAGGAGAAACAUGCCAUAGCUGAGAAGCUGUUGAAAAAGAGUCACUGCUUGUUCCUAUCCAAAUUUGGACAUUAUUUGAAAGUGGAACAUUUAGAAUAUUUUAGUAAAAGCGAGGAUUACGAGACGAUUUAUCAUAUAAGCAGAUUACGGAGAUAUUUCAAUAAUUCUACAAGACGUAUCGAUGUCAGGAACAAAAGGUACGAAGCUCUGAAGACAUUAAUAGAGAAAGGGGAAUAUUUCAGCGAAUGUGAAAUGAUGAAGAGGAAUCCGUUAUUGUAUGAACAUUUGGUAGGACAAUAUUUGACGGAAGAGGAGAAAAAAGCUAGAGAUACUAUUGAUACACGUAGCGCAAAUUAUGUUGAUAUACUUAUGGAAACUAUUGAAAGGAACAAACUGCAGAAGCAUCUGGAAUCUCAACAACAAGAGGAGGAUGAAGUAGAAGAAGAGGAUAAUUCAGAUGAUGAGAACAAUGAUGAAGAUGAUAAUAGCAGAGACAGUACUGUAUCCGAAACAAAUUUUAAUAAACAGAUUUCUCACUGGGGUGGAGAUUUAAAUGAAAUGAUUGAUAAAAACAAAGCUAAAAAAUUAUCAAGUAGUAAAAUACAUAAAAUAUCAAAUCAAGAAAUACAACUACUUAGGCAAGAAUUUGUUACAAAUAUGUAUCAAAGUUUCCUGGAUGGUAAAGAUAGGGAUUUUGAUUAUAGCACUGUGGAUGAUAAUGAGGCUUAUGAUAAUAUAGAAUUAAGGACUCAAGACGAAGAAGAAAGGUACUUUGAUUCUGAAGCUCCUGAAAUGGUUCUUCCACGUAAUGAAUGCAAUGACGAAAAUGAAUCUGAAGAUGAGUUGGAUGCAUAUAUGAGAACACUUAAGCCAAUGACACCUGCCAUAACAGGAAUGGAGGAACAAGAAAAGCUGUUGGAAGAUGCUAUUGGCGUGGUUAAAGUCCAAGCUUUUCAGAUGAAACAUUGUUUGGAUAAGUCUAAAUUGAUGGAUGCGCUAAAACAUGCCUCCACCAUGUUAGGAGAACUAAGGACUUCUCUUCUCAGUCCGAAGAGCUACUAUGAAUUAUAUAUGGCAAUCACAGAUGAGCUGCGGCACUUAGAACUUUAUUUAUUGGAUGAAUUUCAAAAAGGAAGAAAAGUUACAGAUCUUUAUGAAUUGGUACAAUAUGUUGGCAAUAUUGUGCCUAGACUCUAUUUACUCAUUACUGUUGGUUUGGUCUACAUCAAAACAACUCCUGGCUUGAAAAGAGAUCUUUUAAGAGAUCUUGUAGAAAUGUGCAGAGGUGUGCAACAUCCAUUACGUGGUUUAUUCUUAAGAAAUUACUUGUUACAAUGUACAAGAAAUAUUUUACCAGAUGUUACCGAAGGCGAUGAUGAAGAUGGGACUGUUCGUGACAGCAUAGAUUUUGUUCUGAUGAACUUUGCAGAAAUGAAUAAAUUAUGGGUACGCAUGCAACAUCAAGGUCAUAGUAGAGAUAAAGAGAGAAGAGAGAGAGAAAGGGAAGAACUUAGAAUUCUAGUGGGAACAAAUCUUGUACGACUUAGCCAAUUGGAAUCAGUAACACUAGAUAAAUAUAAGAAGCUUGUACUGCCAGGAAUAUUGGAACAGGUUGUUAGUUGUAGAGAUGCAAUAGCCCAGGAAUAUCUUAUGGAGUGUAUAAUUCAGGUCUUUCCUGAUGAAUUCCAUUUACAAACGUUAAACGCAUUUUUAAAAUCUUGUGCGGAAUUGCAAAAUGGAGUAAAUGUUAAGAACAUCAUUAUAUCACUAAUCGAUAGACUUGCAGCCUUUAGUCAGCGGUCUGAUGGUGUAGGAGGACCAGGAAGUCCUAAUCAAAUAUCAGGAAUUCCACAAGAUGUUAAGCUUUUUGACGUAUUUAGUGAUCAGAUUGCUAUUAUUAUACAGACAAGACAAGAUAUGCCUUCUGAAGAUAUUGUAUCUCUUCAAGUAGCUCUUAUAAACUUGGCGCAUAAAUGCUAUCCCGAUCGAGUAGAUUACGUAGAUAAAGUUUUAUUCACAACAGUCCAAAUAUUCCAGAAACAAAAUGUCGAUAAAUUGGAGUAUAAUAGUGCCGUUUCAAGAGAGCUAGUUAGAUUAAUGAAAAUUCCUGUAGAUAAUUAUAAGAAUAUAUUAACGGUGCUUAAACUUGAGCAUUAUGCACCUCUCUUGGAUUAUUUCGAUUAUGAGGGCAGAAAAUCUCUAGCUAUAUACAUAAUAACAAAUAUUUUGGAAAACGAAACAUUGAUACCAUUGCAAGAACAAGUGGAUGCGGUGCUCUCUAUGGUAUCUCCUUUGGUACAAGAUCAACCAGAUCAACCAAAUAUAGAGGAAGAUCCUGAAGAUUUCGCCGAGGAACAAGGUCUGCUUGGCAGAUUGAUACAUCAUUUUAAAUCAGAAACACCGGAUCAGCAAUAUAUGAUACUAAGCGCUGCAAGGAAACAUUUCAGUGGUGGUGGUAACAAAAGAAUCAAAUACACUCUGCCGCCUAUAAUCUUCCAAAGUUAUCAAUUGGCCUUUACAUACAAAUCAUUGAAAGAUCAGGACGAAAUGUGGCAAAAGAAAUGUCAAAAAAUUUUUCAAUUCUGUCACACGACUAUCACGGCACUGAUGAAGGCCGAAUUGGCCGAACUACCUUUAAGGCUAUUUCUGCAAGGUGCAAUAGCGAUCGGCGAAAUCCGCUUUGAUAAUUUUGAAAUGGUCGCUUAUGAAUUUAUGAGUCAAGCAUUCUCGAUAUAUGAGGACGAAAUAAGUGAUUCAAAGGCACAGCUCGCGGCAAUUACUUUGAUCAUUGCUACGUUUGAACAAAUGAGCUGUUUUGGCGAGGAAAAUGCAGAGCCUGUGCGUAAUCAGUGUGCUUUAUAUGCUAGUAAGUUAUUGAGGAAGCCUGAUCAAUGUAGAGGAGUCGCUACUUGUUCACAUAUAUUUUGGUCGGGAAAAUCUCUAGCUACGGGCGGAAAAGAGAUGCAAGAAGGCGGUAAAGUGUUGGACUGUUUGAAGAAAGGUAUUAGAAUAGCAAGCCAAUGUAUGGACACAUCAGUACAAGUGCAAUUGUAUGUGGAACUGUUGAAUCAUUACAUUUACUUCUACGAGAAAGGAAAUACAGCUGUGACCGUGCAAAUAUUGAAUCAAGUGAUUGCAAAAAUUAGAGAGGAGCUUCCUAAUCUGGAAGCGAGUGAGGAAACUGAUCAAAUACAAAAGCAUUUAGCAAACACAUUGGAACAUUUAAGAAAUAGGAUGGAAUCGGCGGACUCUGACGGACUUUCUUAUCAAGGCCUUGUGCUUUAAUUGCAUAAGAUGAAUCGGCAUUGUAAUUUUGUAAAUAAAAGACUUCUAGAAUAUGUACGGAGGACAAUAUGGAUCGAUAGCACCAACAAACAUUUAUCUUGAUUUAACAUUGGUCUUAAUUUUCAUUCUUUAUUACAAGAAUAAAUUAUAUA